GGCUCCGAAUGUCCCAUUCAGACGGUAUUUAGACGAGAUGUAGACAGAUUUGACAGCUGCACCAGUGACCCGAAAUCUCCAUUAAUUAUAAACAAAUUCUAUGAAUAUUCACGGGGGAAGAAAAUCGUCCCUGAGGCGUCCAAAUACUGUCUAAAAAUUUGAAGCCGUAAAGACACCAAAGACAUCCGGGGAAUAUAACUUCCGAAGAACUAGAAGUUGUCCAUUCAUCCUCUCCGUGAUGACAGCGGAUUUAUCUGACAGGAGGGCUUCAGGAAAACCUUCCAGAGGAUUCGUUAUCAAAGAUCUUUAAAAAGCUUAUCCGAAUAUAGAACACAGUGAAAGAACAAUUGGAAUUCAUCUCGUCACCAAUGCAAAUAUGGUAGUCUUAAAUCCAUCCAUAUUACGUCCAUAUGCCGUCCAAAACGGCUCGUAAAAUUACGGGAGGUAUCCGGAUAACAGAACAUCGAAAGAGCCAUUUCCAUAUAGAUUUUUGUUUGAUGGGUUUCACGUGCUGCGCUCCUAAUUCAUUUAAAGAAAUUUCUCGUCUGAAAUACGGCUCGAAAAAUUAUAGAUUCUAUCAGGAGUGCAUGACGAUGAAGAGCUCUCGUAAAUUUGAACGGUGAUCUUUUAUCUACUGAUGGGAAAAAUGGCAGCGAAGAUGCAGCAAUUCGAGCCACCGAGCUCUGCAAGUUCUGAAAGUGACGGUGACUUGUGCCUUGAGGAUCGCAGUGCAUUCCUUGUAGACGAUGUCAGUCAAGAUGGUGAACCAUUUCGGUGUGAUAUGUCUACACCUACUCCACAAUCCCCUAGACCACCAUCGCAAGGUUCUCAAAAAUCUCCUAGAUCUCGCAGACAGAGAACGACGAGUAUGUCACAUUCAAGCAAGAAAACUUCGGCUGAGUCAAUUCUGAGAGGAAAAUCAAGAACAAUAUACACAGCUGGAAGACCCCCUUGGUAUAAUUCAGCAGGUCAACAGGUCGAACCAUUCGUUAUUGGAAUCUGUGGAGGAAGUGCCUCGGGGAAGACAACAGUCGCCACAAAAAUUAUUGAAUCGUUGGAUGUACCAUGGGUAACACUGUUGAGUAUGGAUUCGUUUUACAAAGUACUUAAUGAAAAACAACAUGAAUUAGCAGCUCGUAAUGAGUACAAUUUUGAUCAUCCUGAUGCCUUUGAUUUUGAAUUAUUGAAGACAACUUUACAGAGAUUGAAAGAAGGCAGAAAGGCAGACGUUCCUAUUUAUAAUUUUGUAACUCACAGCAGAGAAAAUCGUACGAAACCAAUGUACGGCGCUAAUGUGAUAAUUUUCGAAGGGAUUUUAACGUUCUACAAUUCAGAAGUAUUGAAGAUGUGUGAUAUGAAAGUAUUUGUAGACACUGAUGCGGAUGUGAGGCUUGCCCGUAGAUUGAAACGAGAUAUUUCACAGAGAGGAAGAGAUCUGGAGGGUGUACUCAAGCAGUACUGCACAAUGGUGAAGCCCUCGUAUUAUUAUUACAUUUCACCGUCAAUGGUUCAUGCGGACAUUAUCGUACCGCGUGGAGGCGACAAUGAAGUGGCUAUCGAACUUAUUGUACAACACGUUCACACACAACUCCAAUUGAGAGGUUUCAAACUACGAGAGAAACUCGCUCACUCCUACAUCGGUCAACCUCUGCCGUCGUCCCUCUUCAUGUUACCAGACACUCCUCAAGUUAAAGGAUUGCAUACAUUCAUUCGUAACAAACACACAGACAGGGACGAGUUUAUAUUCUACUCGCGUCGUCUCAUAAGACUUGUAAUCGAAUAUGCCCUAUCACUAUUGCCUUUCGAGGAAAUAACAGUGGAAACCCCGCAAGGUGUACCCUAUCAUGGAAAACGCAGUGCCACUGACAAAAUAUGUGGAGUUUCUAUCUUACGAGCUGGAGAGACGAUGGAGCAAGCUCUCUGCGAUGUGUGCAAGGAUAUUCGAAUCGGAAAAAUUCUCAUUCAAACGAAUCUCGUGACUGAUGAGCCUGAGUUAUACUAUCAACGUCUUCCAAAGGAUAUUAAGGACUACAGAGUCAUUCUGAUGGAUGCAACCGUGGCGACCGGAGCAGCAGCAAUGAUGGCAAUACGGGUUCUCCUAGAUCACGAUGUUGCGGAAGAGAAUAUCCUCGUGGUUUCCCUCUUAAUGGCUGAAUCGGGCGUUCACUCGAUCGCCUAUGCUUUCCCCAGUGUCAAAAUAGUAACAUCAGCCUUAGAUCCUGAAAUUAACGAAAAAUUCUACGUUCUACCUGGCAUUGGAAAUUUCGGUGACAGAUAUUUCGGUACGGAACCCUCCAACUUCGAUGAAAUUGAAUGAUUUACCUCAAAAUUAUGUAAAUAAUUGAAACAAAGAGACGAUUUAAAGAGAUUUCUACAGAUGUAUUAAGGUACCAAUGGAACAUUUUCAAUAUAUACGCAGAAUCAA